CUCAACUUGCCAAUCAGUAUCGACCGACUGGCGGAAUCGAUUGGAUCCAGGAUCUGUUUUUCAAAACUUCUCUCACAUACUUAGCAUAUCUAUUUAAAACUAUAAACCGAAAGCCUAAACCAAAAGAGAUCAAAAUGUCUCAACUGCCAGUGUACAACGUUCCUUCCCCCUUUCUUGGAUAUAUGCCGGCAGGGCUUGGCCUCUAUCGGAAGAUUAUCAUCCGGGGACGCAUGACUCAUGACCAAUUCAACAUCAAUCUCCAGUCCGGCCCGAAUGUAAAUCCCCGUGACGACGCCCCGCUCCAUAUCAGCAUCCGGGUCAAGGAUCAGGUGAUCGUGCGCAAUACCUACCAGUUCCGCACCUGGGGCAUCGAAGAACGACACGGAGGCUGUCCGAUCCAGAAGAAAUCGUACUUCGACGUGCAGAUCACGGUCAAACCGGAAGGCUACAGCAUUGCCGUGAACGGGUGCCACUUCUGUGAGUUCGCUCACCGGCAACCGUAUGCUUCGGUUCGAUUCAUUCACAUCGGUGAGGGAGCCCAGGUAGAUGCCAUCGUUACCGAAUGAUGAUGAUGCUUUGACAACUGUUGAAAUCCUGGUGGAUUCGUUCUUUUAUUCGUAAAUGUUUUUAGUCAUAAGGGUUUGAAACUAGAAAGUUGAGAUAAAUUAUGUCGAAAUUUACUGAAAAAAAUACAAACAUAUGGUAAAAUUUGGUUUUUCAAAAAUUAUUUGGAGUAGAAAUAUCUUCAAAUCGUGAGAAGAUUAUUAACACUUAAGACCGUAAGCGUACUCCUUUCUUGGGGUUAAAAAAGAAACAUUAAAAAAAGAUACUAGGAAAGGCCUGAAGUGAGGAUUGUUUUAUUCGUUCCGAUGUGUGCUAAACUUGCAUUAGGAAUUAUUUUUACAUGAAUCCAGGUGAACAGUGUCAUCUUGGUAUGAUUGAGUAGUUGAUAGUGCAGCGAGUUCAAACCAUCAGUGUGGAAUCGUUUUCCGCCAUCCUUGAGUAUUUGUAACCUGUCAUGAGUAAAUCGAAAGAAAGUUUGUUCUCAUCAGCUUUAAAAUUUACGAUAUAGCGGUUCUUCCAUAACCCAAAUACGAGAGAAAUUGAACACUCACCUUCGAGGAUCUCUCUUCUCUUUUCGGUGGUACAGCAUGGUAUAACGAGCAAUAUUCGGUGAAUAUCGAAUAAUUCGAAACCCGGCAUGUUGGAGCCUGAUGCAAUUAUUAUGAUCAAAUUCAAAAAGAAACAUCAUAUAAAUGGCAGUCAACCCACCUGUUAUACAAAUCAUCGUCUUCAGCUCCCCAACCCCAGAAAGAGUUGGAGAAUCCGUUGAUCGCCCGGAACUGCUUGGUGGUCAUUGCCGAAACUCCACCAAAGAUAGUAUCAUAGGGCAAGCGGUAACCAAAAACGUCCACAGCAACUGACAUGUGCCGCGGUUGAUCUGGACAGGUAUAAAGAUUCCGAUCAUCCAUUGGAAGUAGAUCCACAUCGUGAAACACCAUGCAGUCCCAGUUUUUCUCCCUCAAAGCUUCCACGAAACCAAUGUUCAUCAACAUUGCUCGGUUGAAUUGGGAUUCGGAUGACUGCUCUACUAGGUAGAUUCCGUAUUCGAUUUGCUGUUUCUGUAGGAAUGGGUGCAUGUUGUUGAGGAAAAUUGGCAGAUGUUGGAUCCGGUUCCGGUAAGGAACGAUUAUGGCAACCCGAUCCCGUGCUAAGCAUUCGCGGGGAGUGUAUUGACCUCCUGGUUGCAAGCAGUUAGAACGUCUUUUUUCUAACACGAAUAAAGAUUCGUACGUCAUGUUUAGCUUGUAACGACCACCUGUAAAAUAUUUGAAAGUUAAGAUAGUGUUUUUUUUGUAACUCUCAGCUGUCUGGAGGGAGUGAAUCCAUUGUUGGUAUCCAGAGGACUGG